AUGAGCUAAUCAACUAAUUAUUUGAUAGAUAUUCGUAUUGAGAUAGAGGUAAAAUUACCGUAUACCAUACUACUUCAAAAGUUUGAUUUUCACCUAGAUGAGUAAUUUUGCAAAGAGGAUUUUGCUAAAGUAUUUCAAUUCAAUAAACUACUGAGGAAAUCAGUACUUGACCCAAAUAUCAUUUAUUAGGAUGCACUGAUACUUUCUCAUAAUAAGGCAUCUCCUUUUUAAUAUGCUCCAAAGUCAUCAAAUCCCUCUUCAUUAUCAUCUUAGAUUGAUAUAGAGUUAGAAGCACUAAGAAAUGAAGUUUUAAAUUGUGGAGCUUCCUCACUAGCUGAUGAUUAAAAUGAUUCUUAGGGUAAUAAACACUCAAUAAAGGUCUGUUCUGUUGGUACUUAAUUUAAGUUAGUCAUGAAAGUUAGUGAUAAUUUUGGAUUUGAUUUAAAUUCUGCGAAAGAACAUCCAAAUAAAGAGCUCCAGGAGGAUUUAAGAAGCAUCAGUAGAACAAUGAUGCAAGAAAGUGAGUCAGAGGUGAAUUAGGCUGAUGAGGGAAAAAUUUAGGAAAUAGGGAAUAUGAAUCAAAUCACUCAGUAGAUUGGAUAACUAUAAAGAAAAAACUCAGAGACUUUUCAAUCAGAAGAAACAUUGACUAAUUUGAAAGGGGGUGGCAGUUAUGCCUAGACAUUAAGUGAAAGCAAUUAGCUUUAAACAACAGCUUAAUCUACUGGAAUUCCACAUUAAAGAAGGCAAAGUCGAAAUAAUAAGUAAAAACAGCAUUAAUCUUUCCUCGAGAAAGCAAUUAAUAAUGACUUGCCCCAUUCUACUAAAGCCACUUACAAUGAAAAUGAGGAAAAGAAAGGAGAAAAAAGCAAGUCACCUGCAUAAACAAUAGAAUAACAGAGAAAUAUUGAAAAGAUCUUUAAAAGAGCAUUUUCAUAAAUUGUCAUAGGAUUAAGAUUCUAUGCCUGGCCUUGUUUCAGAAUACCUUAAGCAAAUAAUUUGAUACCCCUAAUGAAUACUAGUUUUCUAUUCAAUUAGUAUAGAAUGUUAGAUGAGAAAAAGGAUGUUGAUUUUAUGAUAGCUCUAUCAAUGAUGAGCGGAAGAAAAUUUAUUUAGGCAGCUGAGUAGUUUAGAAAACUAUAAAAUGAAAUUCUUUUAAAUGAAAACCUUACUUAAUAAGCUCUUGACCGAUGUAUUUAAUUCGAAAUUUUAAUUGCUGAUUCUAUGAAUUAACAUAGCCAAUUAGCAGAAAAAAUCAAUGCUUUCUAAAGAGCAGUUGACUUAAGCCUGAAGCAACGUCCUAAAUAAAAUAAUAAUAUCUAAACUUAGUAAAUGCAUCAGAUAAGAGAAGAGGAAUCAUACAAACUUUUAAUGAUGAUGCAUCCUUACCUCACUAAGAUAUUGCUUUAAAACCUUGAUUCAAAAAUAGAGGCAAUUAAAGUUGCUGUCUUAAGAAAUCUUGAGUUUCUGAUUGAUUAAUUAGGAUGCAGCUUAGAUUAAUAUCUAGUCUAGAUUCUUAUUGGUAUAAUACAUACAUAUCCGAGAUCGAAUUUACACUUCAAUAAUAUGGUUAUUUAAAAUUAGAAGCUUCCUAUAAGAUAUGGAUUUUAUUAGACGUUCACUUAACAAAGUAUUAUCCAGGCUAUCAAUAGUAAUGGCUUUUUUAAUGUACAGUAAUUUGGAAACUUUGAUCUUGCAAUUUAAAACUCCUAUAUGGAUUCAAUUUUUUAUGAUUAAAAUCAAGAGAACGAUUUUUAGAUUAAAGAGGGGAUAAAUUUUUAAUAGACCUAUUAAACGAGCAUAAAGAACCUUCAUAAUCACAUACUUGAAAGUUUUAUCCAGCUAUUAAGUUCAAUGUCAUCCUAAGUAUUACAGCAAAUUUAUAAUGAAAUCCUAAUUAAGUCUAUUUUUCUAGGUAAUAAUCCAUUAGAAAAUUAGCUUGCCACUGAUUUAAGAAUUUAUCUACUAAAAUUGACUGAUAAGAUUAUUAAUAUAUGUUAAGGUGACUUAGUACUUAAUCUUAAUUUCAUAAAUAACAUGGUUUAAACCAUGAUCCCAGACCAAAGAAAGUUAUAAAAUGCAAUUUUAAGUAACCCUUAUAAUUAGACAAUAUCUCUUUAGAAUCAAAUGGAAAUAGCCAAAGCAAAAUAAAAGACGAGUGAGACAAUAAGUUUAGCAUGUCACAAUCUAUGGUAGACAUGCAGAUAAAAGCUUUUCUGCAACUAUUCUGCUAAAGGUGUUAAAAUUUUACUAGAAUGGACUUUUAACAACUUAAUUACUCUUGCUGAAAACUCUGAAACUCUUAAUGCUGAUGAGUAGUCAAAACUUACUAUGGUCUUUGACAUAAUAGAUCUUUUUACCCAGUAACAAAGUGCAUUAUAAGACUAGAGUAAGUAAAUCGACUAGUAAGCUGAUGCUCUUGAAGAAUAACUCCGAAGACAAUCUGAUAUUAAAAACUAAUAAAUAAAUUCACUUAGCGGUAGAGAAACAAGAAUACUGUCGUCUAGAUUAGGAGAGCAAAACAAUAUGAAUUUUGGAAUUGACCUAAAUUCAUCUAUGAGAGGAUAGCCUUUAAUUAGAAUAAAGUCUAAAUCAAUGCUAUCGCUAGAGUUAUAUGCCCUCAUUAAUCCUAUUCUUUUCUGGCUGGAUUUUUCUCUUGAAAAAUUGGAUAGAUUGUCUUUAUUUAAAAUGACUUGGAAGACCCUACUAAAAAUACUCUCAGUGCUCCCUGAAAAGUUGAUUGACAUUGAUGAAAUUACAGUCAUCUUACCAGUGUUAUAAAAAGUCAACAAUUUUUGCUAGUAAAGUUCUCCAUAGUUAGAAAUGCUUUAAUUUCUUUAAAUAGUUUUCCAAGAUUUACUAGUGUCUAAAAAGCUAACUAAAGAGUUAAUCAAGUUUUUGGAUAUCUUUCUGACUACAAUAUCUAAAUGCAUUCCUCAUAAUUUACAUGAGGAGGUAUUUGUAGUUUGCGAGUAAAUUUUGGAAAUCAUGAAAAAUAAUCUUAAAGAUUAUCAUAUUAGAGGAGUAAUUGAUGCUCUUACUGAUAAAUAUACAAUGAGAAGUAAAGCUCAUAAGAGACUGCAGUCAUAUUUUAUUUAAAUGAUCUUGGAGAUUAGCUGCAAAAAACCAUAAGCGGAUUUAGGAUUAACUUAGUAGAACAGCCUACAUGCUUCAUAAUAGUAGGAUCUGAUCAGAUAAAGUAUGCAGGGCCAUUUGCAUUCUUAGACAUCUAACAAUUUUGGAUUGACUAACAGAUAGACAAAUGAAAAUCCUGACCAUAUUGACAAUUAUGAUUAUGAAAGAGAUAGCAAUGAGUACGCUGAUGAGGAUGAUGAGUAGUCUGAGGAAUAAGUUAUUCAUAUCAAUCACAUAUAGCAUUAAAGAUAGCAGCAUCAUAGUAAUCAUUAGUUAUUACACCACACAAACCAAGACUAUAAUGAAAGCCCUAUGUCUCAAAGACUCUUCCAUUCUCAAUCUAAUUUCCAUCAAAAUUCAGCUCAAAUAAUAAACGAUUAAAGGAAUAAUAAUCAAAUGCAUCGAAGAUUAUCAUCAGAAAUGAAUAACUAUUUUGAGACUUUAGUUGAAAUCUGUCUCUUUACCAAUUAGUAUGAGUUUUAAAAAAAAGACAAAUAUUAGGAGCAAAUUAACCUUGAACUUUACUUUGAGAAACUAGCUAUUCUAUAACUUACCUUAAAAUCAAUGAGUCAAACCCAUAUCUAGAUAUUCUGUGAUUUAAUUAAGAAAUCACAAUUCAAAGAUGCCCUUUUGAAAGUUUUAAAAAAUGAAAGGUCGCCAUUGAUUGCUAUUGAGUUGCUUGAACUUUAUAGUACUUACUAUAUAAACUAUUGCACACUUAAAAAUAUCUAUGAUCACUAAGUAAAUCUAUUAGCUCCAGUAAAUCCUUAACUUGUCCCAGAGACUUACAAUUCCAGGCCUAACAAUAAUAACUAGACUAGUCAAAGCAGUGGAGGUUAGUAGUAGAAUCAUAACUACCACAGAGAGUCUUCUCGCGGAUCAUUUGCUUCAAACGCACACAAUAAUAAUUUACCUCCUAACUUCAACAUUAAUCUAAGAAAUAAUCUGGGAUAAAAUCCACUUCAGAUGAACACCAAUUAUAACAUACAGAUCAAUGGAGCUAAUAUGGCUCCCUCACAUUAGAUACUUAGAUAUUAGCAUAUCUAAAAUACAGAGGACGACCUACUAAUUGAAAAUCUGAAUGAAGACAUGAUUUAGGAGGAAAUCGAUAUAAUCAAUAGGGAACGACUAAUACUCAUACAACUGCAUGCUUAGUUUAUUAGAUACUGCAGCGAAUAGUAUGAUCUGACUCACGAUGCACAUAUGCAAUUCCACACUUUAAAUAUGAUUGAUAACCUUUUUACUAAUCUGAUGCCCGUGCCUAAUUUCCAAAAUCUUAUGAUAAAGUAAAAUUUGCAAAGGUAGAGAAACUAGUUUAGUCAAAUUCCAGGUGAAGCCUUCAGACAAUAGCAAAUUAAAAUCCAUCAUUAUGAAAUCCCAGACUUAGAGAGAUUCUAAGUAAUAGAAAACUUAUAGAAUUAUCAAUAGCUAUUAGCCUAGUAAUAGCAUUUACCACCAAAUCAGGUUCAAUCAAUAGUUUACAAUGAGUUUGAGUCAAGAGAUCCCAGAUUCCUACAUGCAAGAUUGAACUUUGGAUUAAAGAUUUGGAACUUUAUAGAGCAAGCCUUAUUCUAAAGUUCAUGGAGUAAUAUCAAAAGUAUUUGCUAUGGAGUUAUAUGCUAAUUGUUUAAAGUUGAUAUCCAAGACUAUAAAUCUUACUACAAAAAUAAAGUCAAGCAAGUGCUAUUCCCUCUGCUAAAUAGUUUACUUUUCAGCAAGGAAUCUGAGUCUAAAGCUGGAGGAUUGAAUAUUCUUGGUUCAUUCUGCGGUCUUGGUCAUGAUUUUACAAACAUCAAUUAAUUUAAAAUCAAUCAGAAUAUGGCCUAUUUUAGAAGAAACUCAAAUUUUAUCUCCCUAGCUCUAUGGCAAUAGGUAUUCAAUCUUUAGGAAGAUUGGGACCCAACCAUUAGAGAGGCAUCUACAGUCUUGAUUUAAGUUUGUGCUCCAAGAGAAAGUGUUAGACACUUUAAUAGCAUUGUACACGAGAAGUACCAGUUAAAAAUGCAAUCUCUAAUUAAGACUUAUAAUGUUGCAGGGAACCAGUCCUUGAGGCAGAAGAUUUAUUAAGGUGCAGCAAAUAGCUCUAUCUAGACACCCUCGAUAUUAAUAAAUUAAUCUGAAAGUGUUGAAGAGUUUAAAAUAGGGUCAGAUUUAAUGGAAAAUCUAACAGAUAGAAGUAGCCAUUAAGAGGAAAGAAGAAGCAUAUUUAGGGCCUAUAUGCCUACCAACCAAUCUAUGAGAAGUGGCUUUGGAUCAUAACUAGGGAUAUAACAUCAAGACAGGCAUAAUGAUGGUACAAUGGAUGAUGAUUUUAGCAGCAGUGGGGAUGAGAGAGUAGGUAACUUCAUUUUGUAAAACGAUUCUAAUGGAGAUGAAUACUUUUACGUAGACACAUACAAUGAGGAUUAAAUAAAGCAGAUUAUAGCAAUAUUCAAGAAUGAUUACAAGCCACCAAAGAAUCUUUGGAUUGAAAAGAACGGGGUCUAGAAUACAUUUAAUCAAAAUGCUAUUGGAAGUGAAUACAUUGAUCUUAAUCUGCAGUAAUCAGACCAAAACUAAUCAAACAAUAUCAUGGAUGUAUUCGAAGAUAAGAUAGUAGAUAGACUGAACAAUAUUAUACUUCAAAAGGGAGAGAAGUCUAAUAAGAUGGCCAACGCCUUGGAUUAGUAUUUCAAGAAAUAGGAUGGGGAAUCUACUUAGAAUGCAUCUGGAGAAAGUGAAUAUCUCAUUUUUGAGAGGCAUUUUGAGUCAGAUAAGGAAAAGCUUGCCUAGUCAUCUUAGAUAAUAUUGAUUGACCCUAAGAAAGAUUAGAACAACAAUGAUGCCAACCUAAAUUUAGAUUUAUACCAAGAAGAUCUUGGAAUCAUUGAUCUUGAUGAAGAUGAAGGUGGAGAUGAAUUUGAUGAACUAGAUGAUGAUAAACUACCAGUGUUGAAAAAUACAUAUUCUAAGAAAAAUAGACCUAAUAACAGUAAAAGUGUGGCUAUAGGAAGUAGGACUUAAGAAAUGUAGAGAAAAAGCUCUUAAUUGCAAGAAAAGUAGUAAGAGAGUCCAAGUUAGACAUAAAAGAUAGAUUAGCAAGAGGAAGUCAAGAAAUCUAGUCCAGAUUAAAAUAUGAAUCAUGCCUACAAGCAGCAAAUAGGAUUGAAUUUUGAUUCUGAUGAGGAUGAAGUUCUCAUUGCUGAGGAUUUAGGAGAAGAUAACUAAUUAAGUGAUGAAGUUUAGAGUCCUAAAGUGGAUGAUGUAUAAGAAUAAGAUUAGAAGAUAGAUGAAUAUGAAAUGAAGAUAGCUAAAACAAUCUAAGACUUGAAUGACUAGUUAAAAUAAGUAAAAGACCUAGGUUCUCCUAAAUCAAAAAUAAAUACUUAGGAGGAACUAUAGAAAAUAAUAUAAUCUCCUUAGAUAUAAAUCACUGCAACAAAAGUUUCAAAACGAAAUGAAGAUUUAGCAUUGUUAAAAAGUAGGCCUAAAACUAACAAGAGUUUUGACUUGAAAUAAAAGAAAAAUGGUCUCUCGUCUCCUCUUAGAGUAAAAGAUUAUAUGACAGGAGCAACCAAUAUUACCUAAGUUAAUGAGAUAGAUGAAAGCUCUUUAAAUUUAAUUACUCCGUAAAGCAGUAAUAACCAAAAACUAAUAGAGAGACAGCAAAUGAAUACUUCUCAUAAUCAAUCAUAAGGCAGUUCUUAAUAGCAUCAGCAAGUUAAGAAAAUUAAUGACCCUCUGGCUAAUAAUUCUAAAAAGUCUUACUCUUCACAAGCAUAGAGACUAAAAAACUAAGGUAAAAUUAUAGAAUUCGAUUGUGAUUUAGUGAUAAACUAAGGCAUAAUGAAGAAGGAUGCUUCAACUUAUUCCAAACCUUAACUUCUAUCUAAUACCUCUCCAGGACCUAUUAAUUCUCUGAUCCUGAAUCCGUAAUCAGCCAAAUAGAGCAAUAUCCCUGGUAACAAUCUCCCUCGAAACCCAAUAUCAUAAUUCCAGGCUAUGACAACUACCAAUAGAAAGAGGAAAAGUGAUUAUCAUCGAAAGUCAGAUGUACCACCAUAUUCAACUCUAGCUUAGAAGAAGUUUGCUUCAAGCUCAAUGUCCUAGAAUCCAACAAGUAAUUAACUCUAAAAUACUUUGCAUGAGAAAUCAAUUGAGAAAGUAUCUUAGCUCUCACAUAGCUAGAUAAAUAAUGCUUUAGAUUCAUCUCUUAUGAAUUCCAAAAAUUAAAAAUCAACUAUUGGACUGCAGUCAUAAUCUUUGAUGCAGAAAGCCAAAUAAGCAUUUGUCUCGAGAGCAAAAUCACAAAGCUAUUUGAAUAGUUUUAUGGGGAUGAGCAAUUCUAAUUCUGUAGGAUCCUCUGUUAACCUUCACAGAAGAGCUGAUAAUAAUAGUUUCAAGCAGCAGUCCUCAACUCAUGCAUUAGGUAUCAAUAAAUCUCUAACUGUAAGUGUUGAAGGCGGAGUCCCUGUAGUCAUUCAUGAAAACAAUAAAAUUGGAAACCGUGUGAUAGACAUAUCUCUUUUAGAAUAAUAAACUUUAGGGGGUAUUCGUACUUAAGGACCAAUCAUUCAUUAAAUCCACAAGGGCUAUUUCUCAAAUGAUGAUGAGCAUAAUUACCCAGACUCAGAGAUUAUGAAAGCCCCAUAGUAAGUAAAAAGAAAGCUUCAUAGUCCACCAGGAUCUGGAGACCUUUAAAAGAAAAUAAAAAAUUCAUUUUCUUCUGAUGACGAAGGUAAGCUUAAGAUCAGGCCCUAGUCGCAUCACUUAAAGACUAGAAAAAUUAAGCAUUAGAAUCUAAUGAUAGACUCGUCAUAGAAAUAGCUUAAAAUAAGUAACUAGGUUGAAAUUCUUUUGGAUUAAGAUUAAGAUGAUUUCCAAGAUUUAAAUGAAGAGAAAAAUAGGCCUUAGAAAAUCAAGAAGUCAAAAAGAUAUAUAAAGUGA